AGUGCGAAAUAUCCCGGAGGCCUUUGUCCAUGUCCACUUUUGUUGCGUCGUCUACCGGUUGUCCCUCGCACACGAGAUUCCCACGAAAUUCCGUUUAUUCUUUCACCGAUAAACAAUAAUAAUUGAAACCAGUCAAAAUGUUCGAGGCACGUUUGAUACAGAGUGCAAUCCUGAAGAAGGUUUUGGAUGCAGUUAAGGAUCUCCUGACUGAGGCUACCUUUGAAUGCUCUGAUUCGGGGAUUACGGUGCAAGCUAUGGACAACGCUCACGUAUCCCUCGUAUCCUUGAGCCUCAGAAGCGAUGGAUUCGAUAAAUACAGAUGCGAUCGGAAUCUAUCAAUGGGCAUGGCUAUUGCAACCAUGUCUAAAAUCUUGAAAUGUGCUGGGUCUGAAGACACCGUGACCCUGAGGGCUGCGGAUAAUCCUGACACUAUAUCAUUUAUUUUUGAAUCAUCGAACAAAGAAAAACUGGCUGACUACGAGAUGAAACUCAUUAACAUGGACCAAGAGCAUCUGGGAAUACCGGAAACAUUUUACUCGUGCGUCGUGAAAAUGCCAUCCCAGGAGUUUGCCAGAAUUAUUCGCGACCUCUCCCAAUUCGGUGAGAAUAUCACGAUUGCGUGCACCAAGGAGGGAAUAAAAUUCACAGCCAUUGGAGACUCUGGAUCAGCCAAUGUCAAACUUGCACAAACAGCAGAUGCAGAAAAAGAGGAGGAAGCUGUGAUAAUCGAGAUGCAAGAGUCCGUGAAGCUCUCAUUCUCCUGUCGUUACUUGAAUUGCUUCGUGAAGGCAACUCCCCUCUGCGCCCAAGUCCAGCUGUCCAUAUCCAACGACGUGCCCCUCGUCUGCGAGUACAAAAUCGGCGAAAUUGGUCAAAUCAGAUACUACCUGGCGCCCAAGAUCGACGAUGAGGACGACAAUGCAUAAACCCCAUCACAUUUACCAAUAGGUUCGAAUGUCUCUCACUUCCAGAAGCCAAUUCAGUCUUGAAGAGAACAGAUUUUUUCAUUCCCAGUGAAAGAUCGUUGUAAAAAAAAUGUGUGCCUCAACUUUGGUUAAAUAUUCAACUAUUAUGCAGGUAUUUUUGAUACAAUUGUAAUAUGCAAACGAGUAUUUUUCCAAUAUAAUAUAUUAUUCAAAUUUUACAUUUAAAAGUUAAGUUUGGCUCGUCACAGUGCUAGCGCAACGUAAAUUGACACUACAAGUUGUUUUUGUAGUUGGGCAACACGUUUCAAGAUUUAUAGAAAAAGAAUUCCAUACCGAUGUCAAGAUUUAUUCAUCUCAUCACUAGUAAAAAUUCUCACUCUUCUCUCAACUGUGACUCUAUUUCUUUUCAUAGAAUCGUAUUGUUAAAUUUCCAUUUUUUACUUUUUUUCAAAUACAUAAUAACGUAAUACAA